AUGGAGCCUCAAACCCCCCAGUUGUCUCUUCAGCCGCAAGCUUCAGCGCCCUCCCCGGAGUCCGCCCCACCUCCGCCGGCCAAAAAGAAGUCAAGGAGCAGGAAUGACCCGGCUAACCAGAAGCGCCGCUGUGUCAGUACGGCCUGUAUCGCAUGUCGAAAGAGGAAGUCCAAAUGCGAUGGUGCCCUCCCCUCCUGUGCCGCCUGCGCCAGUGUCUAUGAGACCGAAUGUGUGUACGACCCAAAUUCCGAUCACAGGAGAAAAGGCGUCUACCGCGAGAAGAUCGACAGCGCAAAGGCCAGAAACUCAACCCUACAAAUCCUUAUCGAGGCCAUUCUCAACGCCGCGGAGGAGGAUGUGCCCGAGAUCGUGAGGAGGAUCCGUACCUGCGACAGCCUGGAUAACGUGGCCGAGGCUAUCCUGCAGGAAGACUUUACUAACAAGAACAACGACGACACUCAAUUCGAUGACCAGUACACUACGGACCAACCGAUCGAAGGGGAGAGAGACCUGGCUCGGAAAAUGGGGGAGCUCAGGAUAGAGAACGGCACUAUCCGCUUUAUCGGCGGGACAUCGCACCUCAUUUACCAAGGCGACCCGCAAGAAACGCCAGCUGAACCCGAAUCCCUCAGCCUCUUGUCAAACGAGGACCCUGUCACGAGCUGGUCCGAAGUGACCAAGGAUAGGCAUCUGGUCGUACACCUGAUGAAUAUGUACUGGAAUUGGCACUACCCAUACUUCACGACUAUCUCACGCAAGCUGUUUUGGCGAGACUUCCUGAGGGGCAAGCCACGAGUUUUGCCAAAGGGGACCAUAUACUGCUCACCCCUUUUGGUGAACGCCAUGCUGGCACUGGGCUGUCACUUCACAGAUGUACCUGGAGCUUACGCUGUACCGGGAGACAAUCGCACCAAAGGAGACCACUUUUUUGCCGCGGCAAAAAAGCUCAUCAUCGACAAUGACGAGUAUGAAAAGCCAAAGCUAGUCACUGUCCAGGCAUUAGCGUUGAUGUCCGUACGCGAGGCAGGUUGUGGACGAGAGGCAAAGGGUUGGGUCUAUAGCGGAAUGAGUUUCCGCAUGGCACAGGACAUAGGCCUCAACCUCGAUACUGGAGCGAUCGCUGCUGAAAAUGGACAGAUCAGUGCUGAAGAGAUCGAUGCGCGAAGGAUAACAUUCUGGGGCUGCUUUCUCUUUGACAAAUGCUGGUCCAACUACCUCGGUCGGCUGCCACAACUACCCAAGAAUUCCUACAACGUCCCCAAAUAUAGUGUCUUCCCGGAUGAGGACGGCGGUAUUUGGUCUCCCUACGCGGACGGUGGAUUCGAUCAAACCCUGAGCCAGCCAGCUCGGACCCGAGCCGUUGGCCUCCAGCUAUCAAAACUAUGUGAGAUUAGCAGUGACUUGCUAAUCUUCUUCUACCAUCCGAAUCACAUCGGCAGGUCAAGCGGGAAGUCGGUCGAGCUGAAGAAGCUGAGCGAGCUGCAUAGGCGGCUGGAAGACUGGCGCAAGGAAUUACCACAGGAGUUUGAGCCCAAGGAUGGCCAACUACCAAAUGUGAUAUUGAUGCACAUGUUUUAUCAUCUGCAGUAUAUCCACCUCUUCAGGCCAUUCUUGAAGUACAAUCCUGCCGCGUCCCCACUGCCGCCGCACGUCUCUCCGCGGCGCAUCUGCACGGCCAACGCUGGUUUCAUCUCCAAGCUCAUGAGGCUAUACAAGAAGCUAUACAACCUCAGGCAGAUAUGUAACAUCGCAGUAUACAUGGUCCACUCGGCCUGCACUAUACACCUUCUCAACCUGCCUGAGAAGACCGCCAAGAGAGAUAUCAUUCAUGGCGUGAAACACCUAGAGGAGAUAGCCGAGGACUGGUUGUGUGCCAGACGAUCGCUCAGCAUCAUCAGCGUCCUUGCCAGGAAAUGGAAUUGCGAGCUGCCAGAUGAGGCUGCCGCAAUUCUUCAAAGAACCGAUGAGAAGUACGGCUACUUGGGAACUGGGGACGUGCCAUCGCCGAGCCAGCCCAUAAUCCCAUCCGUCACACCCUCGCCUCCAGCAUUCCCCCAAUCACCCGUCCAGAUCAAGAGCAGUCCGGCCCGUCAUGACCCUCAGACAGGGGCAUCACACCUGGGGCAGGACACAAGUGCAGGCAUGUCACCAGACCUCAUGUCAACUAUGGGGAUUGGCUCGAUAGCACCGGACAGCAUGCAAGGCCGCCAGGGUCCGACAUCCGCCUCGGUCGACCCUGCCAGUAACCCCGCUCUCGCUUUCAAUAGCUCCUGGACGAUGCCCGGCGUCAGCGCGCCGGCCAUGCCACGAUACCACCAGUCCUACGCCCCAGUGCAGAUAGGCACCAGCGGGCCGUCGACCCAGAGCUCGCGGACGGCGACGCGCAACGCGACGCCGAAUUCAGUUUACGCCAUCGACGGACAGGACUGGUUCCUGAAGGACGGCAUCAACUGGCAACAGAACUUUGAGGGCUGGGGCAUGGCUAGCCCGACGACCAACAGUAACAUCGCCGCAAAUAAUAACAACACCACAGCUGGGGCCGGGGCCGGCGUGCCGGGGAAUGAUGUCUUCAUGUUUAAGGGCCUUCAGGGGGCCGAUCUGGACAUGGGGGAUACGUGGGAUUUUGACAGCUCGAUGACGAAUCUUGAUCAGAUCCCUGGGUUGGACUGA